GAUAAAGCUGAGAGGUACCUCUGAGUUUUUCAGUCUCACCUGGAGUAGCAGUUGGCUGGGUUUUCAAAGGAAUUUGAAGGCUGAAAUUCCUUUAUAUGAGCAUAGUGACUGACAUGGCAGAAAUACUCAAGCCGUCAUUGAUUUACAAUGUAUGGAACACUGUGCAACCAAAGCAGUAUUUCCCAUCAGUAGGUGACAUGGUACAAAAAUUCAGGCCCACCACGAUUCUUGAUGCAUGCAGUAGUGCACUACCAAACCAGUAUUUGUCAUCAGUGGGUGACAUGGUACAAAAACUCAGGCCCGCCGCAAUUCUUGAUGCAUGCAGUAGUGCACUACCAAACCAGUAUUUGUCAUCAGUGACUGACAUGGCACGAAAGCUCCAUCCCUCUGUGAUUUAUGAAGAUUGGAGUGGUGUGCUAACAAACCUCUUUUUCCCAUCAGUGACUAAAAUGGCAGAUAAACUCGUGACCUCAUGGACUGAUUAUCUGCUCAGACACGGACUAAUACAUCAGUUUUUCCCAUCAGGUCCUGAAGAGGAGGAGCUUGAACCAGCCCUGGGGCCCUUUCUUACUGAACUAGAUUAUCACCAACUGAAGACUGAAUUAGAGUUUGUGAAACUGCAACGCUACAAAGUUGAUGUCACCCUGGAUGCUGACACAGCUCAUCCAAGGCUGGAGGUGUCUGAAGAUGGGAAGAGUGUGACAGACACUGGCACUAUCAGAAAUGUGCCCAGGACAGAGAAGAGAUUUGAUUCCCACACUUUCCUUUUGGCCAAGGAAGGAUACACAUCUGGGAAACGCUAUUGGGAAGUGGAUGUUGGAAAGAGAAGAAACUGGGAUGUGGGCAUUGCCCGGGAGCCUGUGGCUCGCAAAGGGACACUGACUCUGUCUCCUAAGAAUGGCUUCUGGGUCAUAGGGUUAGCAGAUGGGCGAGAGUAUUGGGCCCGCACAGAGCCUUGGACCCGUUUGGCUGUGAGUGGGAAACCACAAAAGAUUGGGAUCUUCCUGGACACCACAGCCAAGCGGCUGUCUUUUUAUAAUGUCAGCAAGAAGACAGCUGUGUACACUUUCAGCCUUGGUGGAGACAGCAGCCAGGAAGGGAAGUUCUUUCCCUUCUUCUCAACAGGGUCCAUUUCUGCAAAGCCUGACACAGAGGCACUGAAAAUAGUCCAGGGCUUUGAUGAUGAUAAUGAGUGAAUAGAUGACUGAAAUUCAGACCCAGUGAUGAGACUGCACUGUUGUCAGACAGCCCUCUCUUUUGUGCCUCCCAAUCAGAGCUGAACUGCUAAUAUUUGUACCAGAAGCUCCCAUCACUGCUUGCUAAUCCUUCAAUGAGCCAGUGAAGGAGAAACCCUUGAGGUCAGGGUCACAUGCAGCGUGCAGAGAGAACCUUCAGUUGUAUUUAAACACUUGUGCGAGACAGUGAAAUGUCUCCUCAGGGCAGGAGGUGAAAGAAUUUGCUUAAUAGUGCAGAGCGUCUUUCGUCUUGAGUCCUUGCCGGUAUGCCUUUUUCCCACAUCAGUCUCUCAAAAUGGAACUAAAUAUCAAUGAGGUGUAUUUGCCCCCAAACAGAGCACUGUUAUGGGAUGGGAAAACUUUCUGAUGCCCUUAAACACACUUCUCCGGAACACCUCAGACUUGGAGGUCUAAAUGUUCAUCAGUCAUGUCAGGUCCCUUCUACGGCAGUUCAGAGAAGCAGGCACCUUUGGAAGGCAGUUUACCUGACCUGUCUUCCAUGACACUUCUGGACUUGCAGAAAUUGCCUUCUGACUGUUCCCAUUUCUCCAGAGGCCUCAUGGGGCAAUGAGGGUGAGUCGGUAACUUAGAGAUCUACAUUGAGAAAAAUUGAGAUUUUGUUCACUGCUUUAUUAAUCAAUUAGAUUAACUUUUAUCUGCGGCUACAGAGUGUAGACCAAUUGGGCACUCACAGUUCCUCCUCUUGAAGCUUUGCACAAAAUAGUUGAGUGUUCAUUUGAACAUGGUGUGGAAGCCAGUCCUAUCCUUCUCAUUGGGGAAUGUAGCCUUAACAAUGUGCAAAGGGAUUUACAGUGAUUGAGUGUCCUGCCCUUCCUAGCGAGUGUGGACUGGCUUAAUUCACCUAUCAAAAUCAAGGUAGCUUAGCUUCCCGCUUCGGUUAGUGCACUCUAGACCACUCCUGUCUUCCUGCCAUUUCUGUCUGCAUGUUCUCACUCACUUGACUAGUGCUCUCCUUUCUGAAAUAGCGCUGAGAUCCUGACCACAAGAGACCAAGCCUUCAGAGUUAUUUUCCACAGUCCCUGAACUGGAAAAAAAUAGCUUUACUGCUCCAAUUCCCAGCCUCUAAUUCUACCCUGAGGCUACACGGAUCCACCUCAAAGCUAUGUGACCUCUUGCUCAGAGGCCUUCCAGGUGUCAAUGCAGUGUUAACAAUUUUUUUGCAUAGGGGUGAGAGAUGGGAGAGACUACAGUAGUCCUGCUUGUACCUUUGGACACACUUGAAAGUGAGAGGAGACCCAUGCAAGACUGCAGGACAUUUGGAUACAUUCUCAAGAAUGUUGUCAUUUUCUAAUGCCCACACAAGUCUCUCUUGUACGGUUUUCCAAACAGUCCCUGGCAGAAUGAGAGCAGCUUUCCUUUCCUCUCUGUUGGCGGCUGCUGCUGGUAAGACAACAGAUAGCAAUGCACUGGCAAUACCAUGAUCAACUGAGGCACCACCAGAUGCCCAAUCAAAUGCCAGAACACUGGAGGUGGGCUCCUUUUCUCAAACCUAAUUCCCAGCAGAAAGUGAAGGCAAAGUGGCCAGAGAUCACCUGUCCCAUUAAACAUUGCAAAUCCCACUAUCCUCAUGAAGUUGAAAACCAGUAUUUCAAUAAAAGCUCAGCUUUUUCAGUAGGCAAUCCUCCAAUCAUGAAAUCACUUCAGAAGUACUCAAAUGAAGACACACACACACACACAGCAAUAAGGGUAAGCAAAGAGCCGAAGAGUGUGGAAAUGAAAAUUUUGAGAAGCAUUUGAAGAAAACUUUUGACAAAAAACUUAGAGGAUACAGAUAGCAAACCAAACACAAAAACUCAUUUCCUUUUAGCUUAUAAGAUGUGGUUUAUGCCUAUAGCUAAUUGCACAAAUCCAAGUAUAAUCUUCGUAUAUAAUUUCAUGUAAUGUGGAUUUUACACAAGAAUAAAUGUUUUUUCUCUUUGUUGCUGUUUGCAAA